UGAAUUUAACACACCAAGAUGGCUGUACGACGAAAACAGUUUUGAGUCUCUAUCGAAUUGGAACAAAUUCUGUGGAUGUUUUUGCACUAUGGUGAUAGUUACUGGUUGGAUGCAAAAUGUGGGGCCCUACCCAAAUAGCCGGGAUAUCAUAACGACUCCUCCUAAAAUGGCUGCACGGGCUGUUCUGAUCUGUAGGCCAAAUUCUCAUCCAUUCCAGGAACGCUCGCUGGUUCUUGACCAGCCAGUGAAAAUUGGUCGAUCAGUUGCAAGAGCCCGCGCAGCCCAAAACAAUGCAAUCUUUGAUUGCAAAGUGUUGUCCAGAAAUCAUGCACUGUUGUGGUAUGAAAAUGGAAAGUUUUACCUGCAAGACACAAAAAGUAGCAACGGGACUUUUGUCAAUAACCAACGUUUAAGUAAGAGUGCUGAUGAAUCUCCACCCCGUGAAGUUUGUUCUGGUGACAUUGUACAGUUUGGUGUUGAUGUGAUGGAGAAUGCCCGUAAGGUGACGCACGGCUGUAUAGUAGCUACAUUGAAACUCUACUUGCCUGAUGGGAAGGAAGCGAAGGCAAGUUCCUCAACAUCAGUCGUGAGCUCUAUUGGAGUGGUUCCACUUGAAGAUCUGUACCAGCUCAACCAGUACUUACAGGAUGCUUUGCAACGUGAACAGUUGCUUGAAAACAAACUUGCCACUAUGCAGAGGCUCAUGGAGACAACGCGACAAGCAUCAGACAGAAGCUGGAGAGCAUUGAUUGAUGAAGACAGGUUACUCUCACGUGUGGAAAUACUGGAGAGCCAGUUGCUUGUAUACUCAAAGAAUUACGGAGAAGAUAAACUUCGAGAAGAGCUACGAAAACUGCAAGAAGAUAAAAGUCAGUACCUUGGUACAGCCAAAGAAUCGUUACGGAGGAUUCUUCAGGAGAAAUUAGAUGCAAUUACUAAAUUAGCUGAUCUGGAAAGAACUCUGAGUAACACUGAGGAUGAAGUCGACCAUUUGAAGGAUAUGCGAGAAAGGAGCCAACAGGAACUUCAGGAACUAGCUCACAAAUACACUACUCAACUUCAGAAGGUCGAAGACUUGGCAUCCAAGUUGCAGGAGACUGAAGAACAGCAUCGUGAAAUAUGUGAGCGUCUAGAGCAAGAGAAAAGAGAGUUGUCUGCCCAAGUGGAAGACCAGUUGUACUCGGAGGCAGCACUCCAAGCAAGGCUUGAUGCUGUUACUAAAGACAGUGAUCUUAUAUCGCAGCGACAACGUGCAUUGCUUCAAACAUGUCUUAACAACAGUCAUUCAAUCCUUGAUAUGAAAGAGAACUCUGAGACAAUGAAGGAGACUGAUUCCACUGGUACGCAGGUAGACCUGAUUUUAGAAAAGAUAGUUCCUGAUCGACAGACACAAGAUUAUUUGAAAGAUGCAACAGAUAAUAUAAAAUUUCAGUUACAAAAGACAGAAGAUGCUUUACAAGAAAGUCAUGCUGAAGUGCGCCAGCUGUAUGUUAAACUGGAAGAUGCACGUUCUCAAGAAGACUCACUGUUAGAUAACGUUCACCAACUGGAAGAAAAUUUAGCAGCUCUAAGGAAACAAGUUGACAAAACUCCUCAUGAUAACUCUCAGACAAUUGCCCAGGUGAAUGCUAAUCAGAACAACAAAUUAAAAGCCGAAGUAAUUAAACUUGAAGAAGCUCUGUGGAUUUCUCAAUUGUGGGUUGACCAGUAUUCCUGCAUGGUGGUAGUUUUGAAAGAACUGCUGAGUGAAGCACGGAAUAAAGCACAGUCUGCUGAGGAACAAGUAUUACUGUAUCAGAAGGAACUUGAAAAUGUUCAGCAGAAAGUAAAGAGCUUAACAGAAGAGGCGACUAUUCUUCAGCAGCAACAUCAGGUGUAUCAGUUCAUGGCUGAAAAUAAAUCUGACACUGUGGGAAAGUUACAUGAAACUAUAAAGCGACUGACAUUUGCAAGAGAUCAGCUGCAACUGGAAGUUCAUAAACUGGAGGAAAAGCUUCAAGUGGAAGUAGCAGCUUCUCGUCGUCAUAGUGAUGAGUCAGAGCGCUUGCGAAAGCAACUUGUGGAGGUGCAGCAGUGUGUGAAGCAAGGACAUAAUGAGGCAGAAAAAAUGAAGGAUAGGCUGAAUGCUCUUCAGGCUGAAUUAGAUGCACGUAUAAAUAGUGCAGAACUAAUGUCUGACAAUAAAGAUAAAGAGGAGGUUCAGCAGCUAUCCAACCGAUGCAUGAUCCUGGAAGCUGAAAAUCUCAGGUUAAGAGCAGAGUGUGUGAAGUUGAACAAACAGUGCAGUGACCAGCUUCAAAUUCAGGAAGAAUUGGAAGCACUGAAAUCACAUUUGUCAAGUCAUCCUAUUGGUAACUUCUUAGAAGAAGUGGAUGAACUUAAGAACCAGAGGUCAAAAAUGACUGAGAAGGUGAAUUGUCUUGAGGAAGAACUUGUGCUUGUGAAAGAGAGGUAUGCAAAAUGCAAUGAUGAACAAACUCGUCUGAUAAAAGAACUUGAAAUACUGAAACAAGACAGUGGUAGUUUGCUUAAUCAGACAUAUGCUGCUUUGUGGUGUGGAUUGGUACCAUUCAUCAUAGUGUUCCUGGGAAUUAUUAUGGCAUUCUAUCCCACAUUGUCUUUCUUCAUGGGUACAGCUGAUUCGCCACUUCAACCAUAGUGAAGAUGUACAAGAACAGUGUGUUAUGAAUGUUUCCAACUGUACAAGGAGAGCAUAAUGCAUAUGAAAUUUUGUUAGCAAGUGUCUCAGGGGUCAAGAUAAAAUAAUUUAUGUGCUUUAAUAUUGCAAUACAAGAUGAUAUUUUUUUCAUCCACUGUUUAAAUAGAUUUAAUGAUGUAGGACCUCUUUUAUGUAUCAUGAAAUAUUUUAGUUGUAACUGUUUUUUAGUCUGUAUUAUAUGAUGAGUAUUAUGUUAGUAGCAUUCUGUUUUUGAUAAUUUCUAAACAUACUCCUGUUUCAUUUGGUAAAACUUGUUUUAUGUAUAAUGUUCUGUCAUUGCAUGACUUUUUAAUGUUGUAUUACUCAUAUUUACUUUUUGAAUCUGUCUGCUUGUUUGUACACUUGUUUGUAUUUUUUGCUGCUUUGGUUCGUUGUUGUUAUUGUUGUUGUUGUUGUUGUUGUUGUUGUUGCCAUUGCUAUUGUUAUUGUUGUUAUUCUGAUGUAUUUGUUUUAAGAAAAAGUACAAAAUUGGAUUUUCGAGUUUUAUAAUUUGGCACAAAAGUUUCUUUCUAAGAGGGGUGUGUGUGUGUGUGUGUGUGUGUGUGUGUGUGUGUGUGUGUGUGUAAUAAUUCAUUUGUGGGGAAAGUUUCUACACCCAGCUGUAGCUAUAUCGAACAGUUGUCAGAUGAAAAUUUAAAGUACUUAUAUAUGUAGUUCAAGAACUGGCAAAGAUUAAGUGGAGGUGACAGUUGUGGUAAUGAUUGUAUCUACAACAAAAUCAUUGCUGCUUCAAUUUGACAAAAUAAUGAGGAAGAAAUUGGUGAUGACUAUAAUCAAGGAAUCAUUCUGACAUUUGCCUGAAGUGAGCAAACUUAAAUUGGCGCAUGGAAUGAAAAUUAAUCCAGAUCCUCAUGAACAGAAGUCUGUUACCUUAGCUGAGUAGCAUAUAACUUGAUUGCAAGACAAGGACUGUGUCAUUGAAGCACAAAUUCUCACUCAUAGAAUUUUUUCCCCUAUUAUGUUGAUGUUGCAAUUGUAUUUUGUGGAUAAAUAUAUUAUUUUAACCAUUUCAGUUCACUGAGAAUAUAUGGAACCCAAUGCUUUUUUGUGCUAAUAUUGGUAAUGAAAUUCAGUAUGUUCUGUUCUGGAUUGUAAUCUUGUGCCAACAAAUGAAGUUAAAUGUUUUGGUAAUAACAACAUAAAACUGUAAAAUGUAGAACUAAUGCUGUGUGUAAAGUUAGUAACAGUAAGUUACAAUGAUUAUAUCAUGUUAUUUUAAUUGGUUUUUUU